AUGAUCGUAGUAACCGGAGCGGCCGGAAGGCUGGGACGCCGGGUGGUGCAGCUGCUGGUGGACCAAAACCAGGAAGUCCUGGCAACCGACCAAUUGGCUGCCGAUGACCUUCCGGCGAAGUUUGUGCCCUGCGAUCUCGGGGACGCCAGGGCAGUGGAAAGCCUUCUCAAGGACGCGGAAGCCGUCGUUCACCUGGGGGCCAUACCGGGGCCGUUGCGGGAAGACCCGCGGGUGAUUUUCGAAAAUAACGUGACCAGCACCUUCAACGUGAUGAUGUCAGCGGCAGAUCUGGGACUGCGGCGCGUGGUAUUUUCGUCCAGCGCCUUCGGCAUGGGCUGGGCCCACGACGGGAGCGCCUUCGUGCCGCUGUACCUGCCAUUGGACGAGGAGCAUACCAUGAUGCCCUUCGAGCCCUACGGCCUGUCCAAGCAGGUUGGCGAGGACAUCGGCCGGAUGAUCGCCCGCAAUUCGAACACCACCGUCGUCAGCCUGCGGUUCACCAAUGUGGCGCUCCCCGAAGUCCAGGCGGAGUUUCCCUGGCCGGCGCCCACGCCCGAGGAUCCCCUGACCUUGGUGAUGUGGGCCUACGCUGAUGCCAGGGACGUGGCCGACGCCCACGUGCUGGCGCUGGAUUCGGAAAUCGAAGAGUAUGAAGCUUUCAUGAUCGCCCAGCCCUCCAGUCGAUUCGCCGAGCCCACGAUUGACCUGGUCAAGAGCAACUUCGGCGACCGGGUGGAGAUACGGGACGGGCUGGACGGCACCGCCAGCGUGAUCAGCACGGAAAAGGCGCAGCGGCUGCUGGGCUGGCGGCCCCGCCACGACUGGCGGUAA